UUUAUUAGCCGAAUCUCCACUGGAAAAAUUAAAAAUCCAAUCUCCAAUCGCGACAUUUUAAACCAUAUUUGAUCUUAAAUUAAUCAGAAAAACAGUAGUAUUGGUUGAACAUGCAAACAACCUCGGCUACUCCAUGGAACACUUGCUAUUAUCCCAUCCCUAAACGUUUCUACCUUCAAAAUCUCCAUUUUUCGAGCAAUGCUUCUUCCCUCUCUUCCCCAGAAACGUUAUUCACCAGGACCCCUCUGACACUUACAGCAACAAACAGUUGCAGCAAAGAACAGGAAAGGAGAAAAAGCCCAAAAAACCCCCAGUACCCAUGUCAGAAAAAAACCUCAUUUUCACAAGGUUUUUACUCUUCCAUUGAAACUCAGAGAACCCAGAAAAGAGAAUAUCUAGAAACACCAUAUAGUGAUUUAGAGAUCCACUCGGGUAUUUUUACAAACAUGUGGUGGGUAGAUUUGAAAGCUGCAUUAGGGCAGAGAAUUAACAUGGAGGGUAUUGCUUCUUCUGUUGGGAUUGUGGCUAAAGAUAAGCAUUUGGUUAUCCCGCAUGUUGCGAUACCUGAUAUUAGGUACAUUGAUUGGGCUGAGCUGAAGAGAAGAGGGUUUAAAGGUGUAGUCUUUGAUAAGGAUAACACAAUUACUGCUCCUUACUCUUUGAGCUUGUGGCCACCUCUUGAAUCAUCUGUAGGACAGUGUAAAUCUCUUUUUGGCAACAAUAUUGCUGUCUUUAGCAACUCCGCUGGACUUCAUGAGUAUGAUCCUGAUGGUAAAAAAGCUAGGGCCCUUGAAGGUGCAAUUGGCAUUAAAGUAAUUAGGCAUAAGACGAAGAAGCCAGCUGGAACAGCGGAGGAGAUUGAAAGGCAAUUUAACUGUGAAUCCUCAAGACUUAUAAUGGUGGGUGACCGGCCCUUCACAGAUAUUGUCUAUGGUAAUAGAAAUGGUUUUCUCACUAUUUUGACUGAACCAUUGAGCCUUGCAGAAGAACCUUUCAUUGUGCGGCAGGUCAGGAAACUUGAGGUAGCCCUCGUUCACCGAUGGUCUAGUGGGGAGUUGAAGUUAUCAAACCAUCGUCUUCUUCCAUAUCCUCAGCAAUGUGUGAAAGAUCAGCCACUCUGAAAUAUGUUUUGGUAGUCAGUAUAUCAACUAUUCUUGUAUCGAUCAACCGAACCUUUUUCCUAGUUUUUACCUUCGUGGUUAUGUAUGAAAGCCACUCAAGCAAAUAUAUUAUUGAAUCAAAUCCACAAAUUUUGACAGUGACUGUAGCAAAUUUGCAAUUAGCAAUAGGAAAAUACUUGCCAUAUACAACCCCUUCUGAAGGUGUAGACGUCCACCCUAUUGGCAGGGGUUUAAAGAUCUAUUUGCAUCUCCAAGGAAUUCCGUCU